CGCGAAGGUGCUGUGGGAAAAAAUAGGUGCUUGGGACCAGAAGACGGACCCGAGAGCGCCACUAGGCGACACACAGAAGGACAGUUUCAUGGAUAUAACUUCCGUUGCAUCAAAUAGGCCGUUGCCGAUUGAGCUGCCACUGGAUGACAUCAGUAGUUUCCCAUCAACAUGCUCCACUGGUUUCUCACUAUCAGGAAGUGAAGAAGACAUAUUAACCGAAGGUUUUUCUGCACUUCAAAUGAAAGAAGAAAAAAUUGACAAUGCCCAGCAGUUCUUUGCAUGGUUUUCUAAAGUUGAAAAUGAAAUGGAAAAUGCAGAGGAGAUCUCCUACAGGUCACACCUUGAGCAGUUUGAGGAAUAUAGUGAUCAAUGUGACCAAGUAUUGGAAGAAGUGUCCAAUGCGUUGAAACACCUAGAAGACCUGAGGAGGCAGUACAUGUUUGUGGCAACGAAGACUAAUGCACUUCACGAAGCAUGCGAACAGUCAGUGGAAGAACAGACGAGACUAGUGAACACAGCUGAAAGUAUCAGUAAUAAACUAUCCUACUUCAAUGAGUUGCAGAGAAUGUCACAUAAAUUAAGUUCUCCACAGCUGUCUGUUACAAGCGACUCAUUUGUCCCGAUGUUAGCCAGAUUAGAUGAAUGCGUAGCAUAUAUCAAUUCUAAUCGUAAUUAUAACGAAUCUGCGGUGUAUCUUGCCCGAUUCAAGCAUUGUUUAUCAAAAGCUCUUAACCUCGUGAGGAUACACGUGAUGAAUAUUUUACACAACGCAACACAACAAGUAUUACCAAAAAGGGAUGCAAUCAACCCAUCAGAUAAUGCCUUUACUUUAUUCUAUGGUAAAUUUCGAACUAAUGCUCCGAGGGUGAAAUCAUUAAUGGAACAAAUUGAAGAAAGAAUUAGUAAAAGUCCAGAAUACACAACGUUAUUGAAUGAUUGUCAUCAGUGUUUCUUCAAUCAAAGAGAAAUCCUUCUCGGCCCAAGUAUUUCAACAGCUAUUAGUGAAUUAGUUGCUCAGAAUCUCAGAGAUCAUUGUGCUCUGGUUCGGCGUGGUUGUGCCUUCAUGGUUCGAAUAUGUCAAGACGAGUAUCAAUUGUUCUUCCAUUUCUUUUCAAAACCAACAGAAAAACUUGACGUGCUCCUUGAGAAACUGUGCAAUAAUUUAUAUGAUGUUUUAAGACCUUUAAUAAUCCAUGUUAAUCACUUGGAGACGUUGGCAGAGCUUUGUAGUAUUUUAAAAAAUGAGAUGAUAGAAGAUCAUGUACAAAACAGUCCUCAUGAACUUGUAGCGUUUGAGAAUAUUGCCAAGCAGAUGUUAGAAGAUGUACAAGAAAGGCUAGUUUACAGGACACAUAUAUACAUCCAAACAGAUAUACUCAAUUACAAACCAGCACCUGGUGAUCUAGCAUAUCCUGAAAAGCUUGAAAUGAUGGAAAGUAUAGCAGAGAGUCUCAAGAAGGAGUCAAGUUCAGUGGAACAGAAUACUGAUACAACAGAGGUGAAAGAAAAUGGUGACAUAAGACCUGUUGUUGGUUUCCAGAAUGUCCCACUUGUCAAUUCCUCAUUAUCGCCAGCUGACCUACAUGGCAUGUGGUACCCAACGGUCCGAAGAACUCUUGUGUGUCUCUCCAAGCUGUAUAGGUGUAUUGAUAAAGCCAUAUUUCAAGGUCUAUCACAAGAAACAUUGUAUUUGUGUAUAUUAUCUUUAUGUGCAGCAAGUCAAGCCAUUACAAAAAGAAAGGGUCCUGUUGAUGGUACUUUAUUCCUGGUCAAGCAUUUUAUACUAAGAGAACAGAUUGCUCCUUUUCAUGUAGAGUUCGCAAUCCGAGAAACUUCGUUGGAUUUUUCUAAAAUGAGAGUUGCUGCCAGACAUCUCAUACAGAAGACGAAUAAAUUAUUUCUUUUGAAUAGUAAUAAUGCAUUAUUAGAGUUCCUUAUUGAGGGUACGCCACAAGUGACCGAAAAUUACAAGGACUCAAAGCGAGAUGUAGACAACCAACUGAAAAAAACAUGUGAAGAUUUUAUUGUACAUGUUACAGAUUCCUUUAUUUACGAUCUCAAUGCUUUCUUACAGAAAGCAAAUGUUGUUACUGAUCUAGCAAAACAAGGAGAUGCUGCAAAAGUUUCCUUGAAAUCCCAACCAUUCGCUACUCCAAACAAAGUUAAUAACAUUGUAACGACAUCUUUCAAACAAGUUAAAACCAAACUGCCAUCGAUAUUCAAGAGUAUGUCUCUAUACCUUGCCAAUAAGGACACAGAGUAUAUCUUAUUCAAACCAAUCAAGAACAAUGUACAGCAAGCAUUUGAAGAACUGGAAACGAUAUCGCUAGAAAACUACUCUGAAGAAGAUCAACAAAUUAUAGGGUGUCCCACCGCCGAACAGGUUAACUUAUUGUUAUCAGCAAGCAAAUAAAGACAAUAGAACAACACAUAGCUUAGUUUGAGGGCUCUGACCAUGAGUACAGUAACUAACUAACCAACCAACAAACCAUGAUGCAUGAUGGGUGCAUGUUCUUCAAAUAUACUAUUUACUCCAACUGUGAAAUGUUCUCAUCACAUUUUACUUAUUUAUUUUCUUGUACUUGUUAAUAGGGUGUGGUACACUACUGUAAAGAUUCUUUCAUUUUUUUUUUGGUCGCAAAAGCAACAAAAAAAAACCCACACAUAGAUCACCAACAUUGUAAUUUAGUCUGUAAAUUACAGAAAUUGUCUGGCAUAGUGGUCUCUACAGA